AUGAUUGUAUCUAGUCCUGUCUCUUUGGAUAAGGAUAAUGAUGACGACGAUGAAGACGACGAAGAAGAAGAGGAUGAUGAUGAACCUGGGGCAGAGGAAGAAACUGUUGUUGAUGAACCUGAGGAAGAAGAGGACGAUGACCUAUCGCAACCAUCCACACCUGAAACCCCACCUAUUCCCCGUCAGAAACCUGUCUACGGUUCAUUGGCCUCUUCCAAACCCGUCAGUAAAUUAGAUCAGACAGUACCUCUUAAAGAUUAUGAAGAACUUCGAUUUAAACUCAAGAUUCUCGAAGCUAAACGACACGAGGAUCGUGAAAGAUUCCGAGAGCAUGAGAAAAUCAACGAAGAAGCCGAGCAAUUCUUGACCCUUCGAAACAAGCUUCAGGAUAAAAUUGCAGAUCUUCAAAAAGAUGUCAGAGACACGCGAAGGGAAUUAAAAGAAUCUGCAAAUGAGAAGGAAUCGUUUGAAUCAAAAUACAACGAACUUUUAGAGUCCAUGGAAAUGCUGACUUUAGAUAAAGAAGUGGCUGAAGAAAGGGCUGAGAAUCUACAACAAGAAACGAGUAUGCUUAAAGACAGAAUUGAAGAAAUCACUGUCGAUUUGGAUAUUUUGAGAAAGGAGGCUGAUAUACUGAAUAAACCACCAGAGAUCAACUUGGAUGACAAUGAAGAAAGAACUCCUUUGGAAGUCGUACAACUUGAAAGACACAAUGAACGUCUGAAGGAUGCUCUUUUAAGAUUAAGAGAUGCCGCUGCAGAACAAGAAAAUGAAUUAAAUUAUAAGAUCAAGACACUUGAACAAGAAAAUUAUGAACUAGAAGAAAUUAAGAACCAAUAUGAAAAAACAAAGGAAAGAUUAGAUAUGACGGAGUCGUUAGUAGAGGAUUUGAAAAUGCAGUUAGAUGACGCGCUCGGGGCUGAAGAUCUUGUUGAUCAACUGACAGAAAAGAAUCUUAACCUAACCGAAAAAAUGGAUGAACUUAGUGCUACCGUGGAUGACCUUGAAGCAUUAAAAGAAUUAGCGGAUGAAUUAGAAGAAAACCAUAUGGAAACCGAAAAACAACUGCAGGAUGAAAUCGAUCAUCGUGAUAUGCUCUUGAGAGAACAAUUGGACCGUUUAAGAGUCAAUGAGGAAACCACUGCUGACUAUGAAGCCACCAUCGGUCAGUUUAGAGAACUUGUCGUUCUCUUACAGAAUGAUUUGGAGGAGUUUAAACACAAGGAAAAGAACGAACAAACAGAAAAGAUCACCUUGAGCAGUCAAUCUCAAGCCAUGAUGUCGCUCAACUUCCAACUUCAGACCACCGUCAUGAAAGCACAAGCCAAGGCCAUCGAUAUCGAGUUACGUAAAUUGGAAGCAUCUCAAGCAAAUGAUCGUCUCAACAUGAUUCAACCAUAUUUGCCUGAAUCCUUCUUCAAAACCGAAAACGAUCCGAUUUCUUGUUUACUCUUGUUUAAGCGACUCGAGUUUAAAGCAGGCCUCAUUGUCAAACAUUUGGAUCAGAAUUAUCCUAUCAGUGAAAAGAUCAUGGACAAUGUUACCGAGAACUUGGUGACCAUUUGUGAAAUGAAGCAAAGAGCUGGAUGGUUGAGUUCUUUAUCCACUCGAUUCCAAACACAUAUCAAGAAUAGUGAUCCUGACACCUUUACAAAGAUGGGUAAAGUCUAUCUUGACUUGAUUGGUGUUGAAAGAAGAAUGAAUGCCAUUGUAGAGUUGUUCAGAACUGACCAAGUCAACGAAACUCAUUGCUUGACAGAACUUCAAAGAGUCAUUGCUCAAAUUGAGCAUUUAGCAGAAACUCAUCUCACUCAACACCAAGAAAAGAGCCACGCCGAUCAAUUCUUUGGUUUGACAAAGGCACUUGAUUUGAAUUCGGAUCGCAUGAUUGUAAUCUUGACAUUUGCCAAACAGUCCUUAAACAAUGCUGCCCGUUCGGAAGGACUGGUGAUCAUGGAAGGAAAUGAACAAAUGGAUCAAGAUUACCUUGAACCCAUCGGUCGUCUGAUAGCACAAGCCAAGAAUAGUAAAAUUAUAGCAAAGAAGUUAAUGCGCCAAUUAGAAGAUAUGUUUGAAGAAGCCAUGACUCUGAAGUCCGAACACUUGCAUCGUUUCAAAAUGUUGCAUGCUAUCAGCUCGAAAUUAUGUCGAUUCUGCUUUGAUACCUAUAAAGAGAUUACGAGCUACAUCGAUACCAAGCGAGGAAGUCAUGAGGAAAUCGAAUUAUCUGCUAUCCAAAAGAUGAUUCGUGAAAAAGGUGAUGAAGUGUUUGAAAUGAUUGAAAGUACCAUGUGGGAAAGUGCACUAAGAACACUAAAAACGUUAACCAAUGAACUUGAAACCACGCAUUCACAAAUUGAACAUGAUGAUAAACUGGAUAAAAUUACUACCAAGGUGGCACCAUGGAUUCAACGUGCUUCGGAUAUUAAGGCAGAGGUUGUUGUGAAUCAUGAAUUAGAGCACAAGUUACAACAACAUAAUGAAGAGAUUAUUAAGCUUAUCAAGGAUGUUCGAUUAAAGGACCAAUCACUUCAAGAAUCCGACGUGAAAGUCAGUUUACUUGAGAAGAGAAUGGAAAUUGCUAAAAGAGAAAUUGAACAUGUUAAAUCAUUGGAGGAAGCGCUUGAUAAGACAACCAAUCAAGAACAAAUGUAUGCAGAAGCACUCGAAAAUCUUCAAAGCGAAUAUGACAUUUUAGAAGCCGAGAAUAACACACUGAAAAAGGAAGCCAACAAAAGAAACGAAAAGCGACAGAGUAUGUUGAGAAAAGCCAACUUUGAUUUGAACAUGGAAGGAGAUGAUAAUACAUCCUCUUCUGCUGUGCAAGAAAUGGCCGGUAACUACUAUGAAAUGACAAGCCAGAUGGAAACGUUAAAGGCAUCGAUUCGUUAUCUGAGAGCAGAAAAUGCACAACUAAAGAGCAGCGAUUUCGUAAGAUCAUUAGAUUUAGAUACAAGCAAGGCAAUCUCAAGCAAAGUAGAACCUAAAACAGAAGAAUUACGUUCCGUGGCCCGAGAAACACGUGCAUUAAUAAAAGAUAUGCGUAUUGCAAGUGCAUCACCUAGAGUCAUUCAGUUAACAAAAGCAAGCCCUUGUUCAUGGCAAACCAUCAAGAAAUCACCUGAUUAUCAAUACCAAACACAACAGUCUGUGUUGUAUACACUCAAGCAGCGUAGUGUACAGCUGAGACGUAAGGUAGAUGAUCUUCAAAUCACAACUGCUCCUUUAGCAAAUCAUAAUAACAACGAAAAGGUAAAGAAAGCAAAAGAAAAGAGUAUUCAAAAAAAAAAAGUGUGA